GUUAUCGGUUAUCCACCUGUGCACCACUUUGCGAACAAACACCAACCUGUUGAGGAAUCCUGUCAGCUCACUUGAACCACGGUACCAAAGGUAAAAUGUCCAGGUGGUCUAAGUACUGGCUUCUCGUGUUCGUGGCUUCGUCUGUGUCGUUGUGUGUUUCUAGCUGUCCUGUGGGCUGCACUUGUACUGAAUAUUUGAAUGUCGACUGCAGCGGGAAUGGCUCAACAUCCGUUCCCAAUAAACUGCCACUGAACACAACCUACCUCACACUAACGGGAUACAGACUACCUGUUCUGGAUCUGAGAGUGUUAGGUGGCCUCAAGAAGCUGAGAGGACUUAAACUUCCGUCUAACGAAAUCACCCUGAUAGAAGGAACACUAGAGGUGUUCCCGAGUCUAUACGAACUCAAUCUGAGCAAGAACAAGUUGACAAGCGUCACUCCGCGAACGUUCGGUGACGCCGCGAAACGUCUCGGGUACGUUGACCUAAGUCAGAACCCUUUCGACUGCGACUGUGGCGGGCUUCCGUUGAACAGUCUGUGCGACUGUUCUGUUCACCUGUUUAACUGCACCUGUAACAUCCUGUGGCUGAAAGAACAGGUGAAACAGAAGCCGAGUGCCUGGGUAGGAGUCCGCUGUCAAGAUAAGGAUAUACAAACUGUAGAUAUCCAAGACUAUUGGUGCAGAUACAAAUGGCGUUACCUGUUGCCAAUUAUUUUAGCCUGUGUAGUGAUUGCAAUACCAUCCAUCGUAUGCGUAUACAAGUUACGUUACAAGUUAUGUUACAAGUGUAAGAAAAGGAACAGGUACGCCCUUCUGGGCACAGACAUGGUUACCGAGAGACAGUUGAACGAAUUGGCUGUAAAGCUUGGAAUGGAAUGGGAGAGUUUGGCAACUCACCUAGGUUUCACAAGGGCUGAAUUAGAGGCGUUUAUCAGAGAUAACGACAGGAACAUGAGGGGACAAAUACGUGCCAUGCUCAUUGCUUGGAAGUACAAAAAUGGCGAACAAGCUACUGUUGCUACUUUAGUCGAACAGCUGAAGAGUUUUGAUCCUCCCCUUGAUCCAGAUAUAUAUGUAUUCCCGGAAGUGUCCUCGCCAAGCCCCUAAAUAAGUGUAUCCACGUGUAAAGUAUGCUUUUCCUUUUUUUGUAUACACAAAAUGUACAGUUGUAAUGUCCUGUAGUAAAAGAGCAGUUACUUAAUACAUAUUUGGUGUGUGUUGCAGUGUAGAAGUUCCAAGCUUAUUUCAGAGACUUUCCUCGUUGUUGUGCUUUGUACAUGCAGUGGUAUUUGUAAUGAAAUACAAUGGUUUAAAGACUA